AUGGCCUCGCCGAUAGAAGACGAUGUCUUCGAAAGGCUGAAGAACAAGACGGACCCCGCCGAGCAAAAACGGCAGCAGGAUGAGCUCAACGCGCGCUUGUCGGCGCAGCAGCACAAGUCGCAGGAGCGGCUGGUCGAGUUGAUUGACGACAACACCGGCCUCCCAGUCACAAUAUCGUCGGUCCGCGUUCUCCAUGCGAACCGCACGAGACGCGGUUUCCUCGAGCGGGUAGUCAACCCAUUGCUGAGCGCCCAACGCGAUGAGCCCUACACACUGGAGGCGGCCUUGAAGGAAGUUGGACACGCUACAGACAAGCUGAAUCGUUUUGGCAUCUUCAAGUCCCCCAUAUCAGUCUUCCUGGACCGCCCGGACUCCACAAAUGCCUCUUCCUCCCCCACCGACAUCGAUGUCUACAUUUCUGCACACGAGCGCGGCAACUACACCAUCAAGACGGGAACAGAGGCUGGUGCCUCCGAGGCAGACGCCUACGUCCAUGCUGAGCUGCGCAAUGUGCUUGGUGGCGCAGAAACCAUCAACGCACACGGAUCGCUAGGAACGCGAACACGAUCCGCCUAUUCCCUUGCCUUCGACACGCCAAUACUGAGCAACCCGGAUCUCAAGUUCCAGGUCAACGGAUUCGCAAGUUCGACGCUGAAGAGCUGGGCAAGUCACGAGGAGGUGCUGAAGGGCGGAAACUCAAAGCUGCUGUGGAGAUCGAAGAAUGGCCACCAACACGAACUCGGCUACUCAGGCAUCUGGCGACAAGUGACCAGCCUGGCGGAGAAAGCAUCUCCCUCUGUCCGUGCAGAUGCUGGCGAUUCCUUCAAAUCAAGCCUCACGCACACAUGGAUCAACGACAAGCGCGAUUACCCCCUUCUCCCCAGCAGCGGCUACCUCAUGAAGUCUGUUUCCGAGCUUGCUGGUUUCGGGCCCCUCCAAGGCGACGUAGCGUUCUUCAAGUCAGAAGCCGAGUCGCAAAUUGCUCUCCCUUUUGGAAACACCGGCAUCACUCUGACUGCUGGCCUGCGCGGAGGUCUUCUCUACCCCCUAACUUCCUCUGACAACACCUCCCCCCAAGCAUCCCGCAUUAACGACCGCUUCCAACUCGGCGGCCCCAACAGCGUGCGCGGUUUCCGCCUCGGAGGUAUUGGUCCCCACGACGGCCCUGACGCUAUCGGUGGCGAUGUAUACGCAGCAGGAGGCGCCAGCCUUCUCCUCCCACUGCCCCGCGUCGGCAAAGAAACCCCCCUGCGCCUGCAAGCCUUCAUCAACGGCGGCCGUUCACUCGCACUCCGGGGCCAGAGCAAAAAUGGCGAUCUCGGCGAUGUAGGCGCCAGCAUGAAGAAGACGCUUCAGAGCCUCACGGAUGAGCUGCCCAGUGCGGCUGCGGGGCUCGGACUCGUGUAUGCGCACCCUGUUGCGAGGUUUGAGAUCAACUUCUCGCUGCCGCUUGUCACGAGGAAGGAAGAGGCUGCUAGGAAGGGGUUGAGCUUUGGCGUGGGCAUUGAGUUCUUGUAGGUGUGGCGUGGUUGUGUAAUAGUAUUUUAGACGCAUAGCAAGCAAGCAAGCGAGAGGAUUCACUUUUCUCCUUGUUGCUGUUCAUUCUACAUAUGUUGUCACUUCUUACUCUUCGUUGUUCAUCUUUUCGUUUUUUUCAUGGUUGAGCAUCUUCGAGUGCAACCAUUGUACUCAGUAGUGUUUGUCACGAAACACGAGGGUUUCAUGUUGAGAACAAGCAAGUAGGAAUGAUAACGAGGCUGAGGGUGUUGUUCUUUGAUUUCCUUGUUCCGAAAUAGUCUGUGCAGGGCUGGCCUUCACUCGUCGGCAUUUCAUGAUGUCCAGGUUGGUCCAAGUCUGCGUCGAACAAGUGGAGGUCAAACUCAGUCAAUACAACGUUGAUGGAAAACUUGCACAUGAGGUUUUCAACCGUCAGAUGAUGGAAACAGCAAUCGCAAUUGGAGG